AAACUCUACUUUUUGAAUUAUAAACAACUGAUUCUAUGCUUCAGAUUUUUGAGCUAUAUCUCAUCCCUAACUGAAAUCAAAUCUCUAAAUGCUUUUAUAACCUCCAUGGAUUUUUCUCAGUCCAAAUGCUUCAUCUGGUUUAUGCAUUGAAUCUUUAUAUAUCAGCCUUGGAGUAGAAGACUCAUGGUUCAAUGGUUGGAAGGUCUCAAGAUGCGAACCUAAUAGGCUUGGAAUCCUGUGGUCAAAGGACUAACAGGAGAGAUGUACAAAUCAUGUUUGAGCACCAUGGAGACUUUAGGCUCUACUUUAACAUCAACUUACGCCCAGCCGGCACCAACACCAACCAACUUUCUACCGGCCAUUGGUACCAUGGCAUCAAGCUACAGGGAUCACUUUCCCCACUACAAUUUGACCCAUAGCUUGAGUCUUCCUUGGAGACCAAGCACAUACUACAAAGCAGCCUCCAACUCGCCAACCUUGGGCCCAUACUGCACUAGAUCUCAGAGGGUGCGAGAGAGCACCAUGCUUCCCUUUGUUUCCAACAGAACCACCCUCUUCACAAGAUACACUCCUGACGAUUGGUACAGGUCCAAUUUAACCAACUACCAAGAGUCCAAUACUUCCCGACAUAAUUCAGAGAGACUCAGAGUGAAUACAUCUCGCCUCAUUCAGGACAAACAUCAGCAAACAAGAAAAACCCAGGCAGACUCUACCCAAAAUUUGGGAGAACGUGUCAAUGACAUAGGGUUUUGGAAAUCUGAAAUCACUCAUGAGUUGGAUGAAAUGAUUGGAGAGACAAAUGCACUUACUGAUAUUAAGAAAAGAUUAGACAGGGCUUUAAUGGAAACUGAAGCCCCUCUGCAGGUUGCCCGAGAAUGUUUAUUUCAUCGAGAGAAGAGAAUGGGAAUUGACUUAGUUCAUGAUGAAGUUGAAACAGAACUGCUCAUGGAAGGUGAUGUUAUUCUGUGUUGUCAAGAAAGAAUGAAGCUAUGUUUGGAUAAGGCUAUUGCCCAACUUGCCUCCGACAGAGCUGCCCAGCAUGAGCUGGAAAAGGACCUAACUGAUAAACAGGCGGCUUACCGGAUCGAUGACAAAUGCCACCACCUGCGAAACACGUCUGAUGGUGUCAGCUACUUCCGUGGAGUGGAGAGGGUUGAUGCGACGGUCUCAGUGCCUGAGUCCUGGGCCAAAUUUACAGAUGACAACGUUCUCCGCUCCCAAAGUGUAAGAGCAGCCUCUGCCAAGCUAAGGGAUGAGAUUGAAAACCUUCUGGUUGUGACUGCCAAUGAGAUGUGGAAUCAAUUUAACAAAGUGAACUUGGCUUUCACCAAUCGCAUUGCUGAAACUGCAGAUGCUAAGAAUAAGAUUCAGAUUCACUUAUCAAAGACUCUACAGGAAAUAUUCCAGACAGAAAUGACCAUAGAAUCCAUCAAGAAGGCCAUCAAGGACAAGUCUGCCUUCCUGAAGGUGGCUCAGACUAGGCUGGAUGAGCGCACAAGGAGACCUAACAUAGAGCUAUGCAGAGACACAGCGCAAUUACGCCUUGUUAAUGAGGUCUACGAGGUUGAUGACAUCAUACAGACCUUGCAGCAGCGCCUGAGGGAUGCAGAGGACACCCUGCAGUCUCUGGUGCACACCAAAGCCACCCUGGAGCAUGACCUGGCUGUCAAAGCCAAUUCCCUGUACAUCGACCAGGAAAAAUGCAUGGGGAUACGGAAGAGCUUCCCCAACACCCUGCGAUUGGUUGGCUUCUGUUAAGAGACCCCAUUGGAAGGGGUUUUGGUGCUCCUAAGUAAGGGGAAACCAGGCACUGUUUCAGCAUUUAACUCAGUGCUAAUACAUUUACAUAUUAAAGGAUUUUAUCAAUAGACAUAUACCAAUCUCUUGUCUUUGACAGAAUUUUGUUUGUCUAAACCUUAAUUCUCUGCUAUCUUCUAGGCUUCAGUGUAACAGGAAGGAUUUAAAGACAUAGAACCAAUCUAAAACAGAAGGCAAACAAGAUAACUUGUAUGAUUCUUAUAUUCUAUGUGUCACAUGAAUGGUCUGGAAAAGAAGGCUAUUAUCCCUAAUACAAUUGGGUCUGGAAUCACAAAGGCCUGUGUGUUAAAGGCCUGGUCCCCACGGUUACUGGGGAGGUAGUGAGACCUUUAGGAGAUAGAGCCUACUGAGUUAGGUGAUUGGGCCCAUGCCCAUGAUGAUUAUUUUGGGACCCUAGCCUCUUCUUUCUUCUCUUUUCUGCUUCCUGGCCAUGACAUAAGCAGUUUACUUUGCCAUAUUCUCUUCACUAUUACCCCCUGACAUCCCUAUCUCAGGUCCAAAGCAAUGAGUCUGACAAUCUUGGGCUGGAACCUCCAAAACUGUGAGCCAAAAUGAACCUUUUAUCUUUAUAAGUUAAUAAUCUCAGGUAUUUUGUUACAGUGAUGGGAGGCUGACUAAUACACAUAAUGGUGGAUUUUGAGCUCUUCCUUAAAGGAUACACAGAGAAAGGGGGACAGACUUCUGAGUAUGUGGUACUAGGGGUAGUUAUGGGGAAAAAGGUAGGAAAAUACAGAGCACAUUUGGAACAAUGGCAAGUAGGUCACUUUGGUUGUGAUUUAUAGGGUAAGGAAUAGAUGAAGAAAUAAAUGCCUGAUGGAGAAAGGGAGUGGGUGACUUUCAAAUCCAGGUUCAGGGGCUUUAGGAGCUGGUGGGUGUUUCUGAUCAGGGAAAUGUCUUUCUGAAAGCAGUGGCUGAGCAAUGCAAGUUUAAGUUCAGAGAGGCAGCAGCAGAAACAAAGGAGACAUGCACAACGCACUAUAACGAGUCAAUAGGACUUGGCGACUCUGCCUCUCAGGUGAAAAUAGGGACUGAUGCUAGAUAGAUGGAAAAAGGAACAGUGCUUAAUUCUAGGGUGCCCUAUGUUGUCUCAAAGUUUUUUUAAAUAAUUGUUUCCAUGGUUUGAAUGUAUCCCUAGAAGCCAUUUGUUGGAAACUUAACCCCCAAAGUCAUAUAUUAAUGAUAUUUGAAAGUGGGGUCUUUGGAAGGUGAUUUGGUCCUGAGGGCCCUGCCUUUGUGAAUGAAUUAAUCUUCUCACAAAUUAAUGGAUUAAUAAAUAUUCUAGGGAGUAGCUCUGCUAAAAAAGCAAACUCUCUCUGGAUUGCUUGCUCUGUCUCCCCAUGUGAUGCCCUCUACCAUGGUACAGUGCAGCAGGGAGGGUCCUGCCAGAUGCUGAGCAGAGGCUAGCAUCAUGUUCUUGGACUUCCAGCCUCCAGAACCAUGAGCCAAAUACACCUCUAAAUUAGCAACAUUGUGGUAUUCAAUUAUAGCAACAGAAAACUGACUGAGACCAGUUUUAUUAUGAGUGAAAAACAUUUGUGUGAGAUGUAUUUUGGAAAAUAGAGAAAAUACACAAAUAGACACAAACACAAUCUCUUGAAAAAAUUCACUCAUUAUCACAGCACCCAGAUAUAGCUACUUAAGUUUGUCAAUAUUUUGUUUAUUCUUUCAGUUCUUUUGCUAUGGAGCUCUGUCUCUCAACAUA